UUCAUGUGCUUGUUAAUUUACAAUAUUUAUUUAUACUGAUGAGUUAUCCUUAAUUAAUACUCAUUUAUAAUAGUUGGCUAAAUUAUUUUUAAUAUUAUUGUUCAUAUUAAUAGUAUAAUAUAAUAUUAGUCACAUUAAGUAAUUGACAGGUAUGUAUUUCAAAAGUAUUUAUGAUUAAAAAAUUAACAAUGGAGUUAUCUGUUAGUGGACCAUCAUUUGAAGAAAUUCAAAUUCCUGUACCAUUUGGAUUUGUUAGUGGUAAAUGGUGGGGAUCAAAAGAUAAGCAACCUAUAAUAGCAAUUCAUGGAUGGCAAGAUAAUGCUGGAACUUUUGAUCCUUUAAUCGAAUUACUACCAAAAGAUUUAUCUAUUUUAUGUAUAGAUCUACCAGGACAUGGGCGAUCUUCUCAUAUCCCUUCGGGUUUACCUUAUUAUAUAUUUUGGGAUGGCCUAGCUAUUUUAAGAAGAAUAAUCAAACAUUAUAAUUGGAGAAAAGUUUCGAUUAUUGGCCAUUCUUUGGGUGCAGCUAUUGGAUUUUUAUAUGCAGCAUCAUUCCCUGAUGAUACAGAAAUGUUGAUAUCUAUUGACACAGUAGCACCAGUCAUUUUUGAUCCUAGUGAAAUCGUUAAAAAUACUGGACCAAAUAUUGAUAAACUCAUACAUUACGAUUCAUUAGGAGUUGAUAAAAUGCCUUCUUAUAAAUAUUCAGAAAUGAUUGAUUUAGUUGUUGAUGGACAUCAUGGAACAUUGACUCGCAAAUCUUGUGAAAUACUUAUGAGACGUGGCAUGUAUCGUGUUAAAGAUAACAAAUAUUUGUUUUCAAGAGAUAUACGUCUUAAGGUUAACAGGUUUGCUUUACCAUCAUUUGACGUAACUAAUGAAUUCGCAAAACAGAUUCGCUGUCGUUACUUAAUGAUCAAAGCAGUUCCGGGUAGGGUGCGUGAUAAUUGGUCACUUUUUCAAAGUAUUUUAGAAACGAUAAAACAUUCUACAAGUGAUUUUAAUUAUGUAGAAGUUGAAGGGUCUCAUCAUGUACAUUUAAAUGACGCUUCGAAAGUUGUUCCACAUAUCUUAAAUUUUAUUUUAAAAGUGGCUUGAUUGUUCUUUAUAAUUUUGAUUAUAUAUUAAAGGUAAAAGCAGAUAAAUGCAUACUUACCAAAAUAUAUUUACAUUAUA